AUGCCAGGCCUGCGCUGCGACGCACAGGGGCACGCCGUUGCCAUUGACGUGCAGGGCGUGAGCACCAUUCCCGAGCGCAUUGUGCAGCUCCAUCACAUGACCUCACUGAGCAUCACACACAGCCAGUUGGACGGCAGCUUUCCCCCCCCCAUCCUCUCCAUGCCCUCCCUCAAGCACCUAAACCUGUCAGCGUGCUUCCUGCAUGGGCCAUUGUGGUGGUACUUCAACCAGACCAAUUCAAGUGCGCUGGAAACCAUCAACCUGAGUGUCAACAGGUUCAGCGACGCCAUUCCAGAUGCCAUUUCCCGAAUCACCUCGCUCAGGCACCUCGAUCUGAGCUACAACGUGCUGUCAGGGAGCGUGCCGGCCGCACUGGGCACCCUCAAGGACCUCACUGCUCUAAACGUGUACAUGAAUUACCUCGAAGCACUCCCCUCUACCCUCACCGCCAUCACUGCCCUCAAGCACCUAUCAUUGGGGGCAAAUCAGUGGAAGCAGGGUAUUCCUGCGUUUCUAGGCGGCAUCAGCAACCUUGAAAUGCUGAUGCUGGACUACACGCGCAUGACUGGCUCCCUACCGUCGGAGUUGUCACGGCUGAAGAAGCUCACCGAGUGGCACAUGUCGUGGUCGUGGUGGGACGGGCAGCUGCCAGAGUGGAUAGGCAGCAUGACCAGCUUGACAGCCCUGAUCUUUCACCGCAGCUACAUCAACAGCACCAUCCCAACAGCCAUCGGCAACCUCAGCAACCUCGCCCACCUGAGUCUUGGUCGGAAUCAGCUCGUUGGGACCGUCCCCAGAUCAUUCGGGAGCCUAACUAACCUGGAAAGCUUGGACUUGCAGAGCAACCAACUGAGUUUCAGCAUCCCUGCCUCCUUUUCGCGACUCAGCCGUCUCUCUUCUCUGGACCUCAGUUUCAAUCGGCUUUCGGGGCCCAUUCCCUCUUUACUCGGGCACCUCACCAACCUGGGCAGACUGGAUCUGUCUGACAACCGCCUUGGAAGGACCAUUCCUGACGCACUCAGUGCACUCAGCAAUCUUCAUUCCAUGGAUCUAUCUCACAACCGCCUCAUUGGGACAAUACCUGCUGCACUUAGCGCACUCAGCGGUCUUGGCUUCCUCGAUCUAAGCCAUAAUGAGCUGGUGGGGAGUGUGCCGUCGCUGCGCCUCAUGAAGUCCCUGUGGCACGUCGGUGCAGACCACAACUUCCUCACAGGCAUUGCAGGCACCUCUCUUGCUGACAUCCACCUGCUGUGCGACAAGUUCCGCCUCUCUCUGGGAUCCAACUGCCUCGGCAACAGCACCAUCCUGUGUGGCAGCGCCCAGAUACAGAGGAGCAAAUACGAGUGCGAGUCCCUCUGUUGGAGCUAUGAGGGCACCCCUUAUUGCAGCGGCCAUGGUGUUUGCUACACAGAUAAUGAGAAGAUUGGUCUGCAGUGUGCGUGCUAUGAAGGGUACACGGUAGGCACGACUGCUGGCACAUGCAUCCCUGAAAGCCCGACAUGA